AUGCUUAGUAGACGUAUAAUAAAUUCGUUGUGUAAGAGCAUGUCAACAAAAGCCAAGGACAAAAAUAAUAUUUUAGUAGAAAAAAUGGGCUUGAUCACCACAAUAGGUAUAAACAGGCCUGACAAACGGAACUGUAUAGAUAAAUCAACAAGCGAAAUGUUAGAAGCAGCUAUUUCAAGUUUCGAGCGAGACCCUAGUGCCUCUGUGGCAGUUUUAUAUGGAACAGGGGGCAACUUUUGUUCUGGAUUUGAUUUAGCAGAAAUAGCUGAGAAUGAAAAAUUGAAUUGCUCACUAUUACCCUCUAAAAAAACUGUUAACAAACCUAUGAUAGCUGCACUUUCAGGCUAUACAGUCGCUGGUGGCUUAGAACUAGCACUUUUAUGUGAUUUAAGGGUCAUGGAAGAAACUGCUAUUGUUGGAUUAUAUGGACGAAGAUUUGGUGUUCCUUUAGUUGAUGGCGCAACAGUUAGAUUACCAGCAGUCAUAGGUUUAUCUAGAGCUUUAGAUUUAAUUUUGACUGGUAGAACUUUGACUGCAAAAGAGGCCUUCGAAUGGGGUUUAGCUAACAGGAUAGUUGCUUGUGGAACAGGUUUUGGUCAAGCCUUGCAAUUAGCAACUUGCCUAACAAAAUUUCCUCAAGACUGUCUCAAUUCUGAUAGAAAUUCAACCUACAAUGCUGCUUUCAACCAAGUCUAUGAUGAACUGUUGAAAUAUGAAAAAGAAAAAGCUAAAAGUUUGAAAGUAAAAGACAUAAUAGAGGGUGCAAAAAAAUUUUUGAGUGGCAUUGGAAAACACGGAAAAUCUUACAAUUUGAAGGAAAAGGAAUCUUUCGAGUGGGAGAAAGAAUAUGAUAAGGCUGUGAAAAGUAAAUUGUGA